AUGUAUCAUCCAGUUAUAGAAGUUACAUAUUUAUUAGAUCCUAAGUUUGUUAGUUGCAAUCUUGAAGAAGAUGGAAUGUCAAUUAUAUCUAAUUUUUUAGAGCAAUAUUAUUUAGAUGAUGCAGAAAAAAUUUAUACACAAAUACUUCAAUAUAAAUCACAAACUGGACUUUUUCAAAAUCAACUUGUUUGGAAGACU